CUGCGGCGUCUUCGCGCACAAUCGCACAAACAGCCUGCGGGUCGCUACUGAACGCCGUUUUACUGAACCAUGGGUCGGGUGUAUAACAUCUUCAUUGCCAUAUUUUGCUCUAUCGGGUCAUUUCUCUUCGGUGGAGUUAUCGCCUCCGUCAUUACAUUUGGCCAGUUUGAGGACUUCGUCGACGACCCUGCAAAGUACAGUAGCCUUUCUGGAGCUGUGGUCUCUACGUUCACGGGUGGAUGCUUCUUCGGAUGCAUGUUGGCAGGAUGGUAUGUCGAUCUAUCGUUCGCCCGUCGUGGUCUUACAUGUCUAAGUGCUCUCAUAGACCUAUGGGGAUGUGCCAUGCAAGCCGGCGCAAAUAAUUUCGCUUGCAUGCUCAUAGGUCGUAUCAUUGCGGGCUUUGCCAUAGGAAUUCUGUCCAUGUCUGUGCCAUUGUACAACACGGAGAUCGCACCGCCAAGAAUCCGCGGCUUCAUCGUAGGUCUGGCUCAGCAAAUGAUCGGCAUAGGGUUCAUUGUUGCGAAUUGGGUCGGCUAUGGCUGCCAAUACAUUAACGGUUACGGAAGCUGGCGGCUCGCGUUGGGUCUACAGCUUGUACCUGCCUUCAUGCUGCUCGUCGGCAUUCAAUUUCUGCCUUAUUCGCCACGUUGGCUUCUCGAGCAAAAUCGUGACGACGAGGCUCGGGCGGUCGUCUAUAAGCUGCAUGGAGUGGAAUCCACUGAGAAGAAGGAGUCCGCAGACGCCGAGUUCACUGACAUGCAGCUCACGAUCAGGGCUGAGACGACGACAAGAUCCCGACGACUCAAUGAUCUUUGGGAGACGCCGGCGAUGCUCAAGCGUACUCUGGUUGCUGUGGGAGUGCAGGUCUUCGGACAGUUCUCAGGGAUCAAUGUCAUCAAUUACUUUGGACCAUCGAUGUACCAGUCGCUCGGUCUGAGCUCCGGACAAUCACUGCUCAUUCAGGGGAUCUACGGCGCCGUAGGCCCUAUCACGAACUUCAUAUUCAUUACAUGUAUCCUCGACAACGUCGGACGGAAGAAACCACUCAUGUUUGGCGCGGCCGGCUUUGUUGCUACGUACUCCGUUCUCACUGCCAUAGUCGCAAGCUUUCCACCGGGAUCAUCGGACAAUCAUCCUGCUCAGCGUGCUGGAAUUGCCAUGAUCUUCCUGACCAGUAUCCUCUUCUCGCUGAGCUUCGGACCGAUCAGCUGGGUAUUGACGUCUGAGGUGUUUCCGACGAAGACGCGAUCUAUCGGUACGGCAGUCGCAGUAUGCGCGAACUGGGCCUUCAACGUGCUGUUCUCUCAGGUAUCCAACAUGGCUAUCGACAACGUAGGUUGGAGGUAUUACCUGCUAUUCAUUCUCCUCAACUUCGUCGACUUCUGCUUGAUCGCACUCUUCUUCCCCGAGACGAAAGGGAAAUCGUUGGAACAGAUGGCAGAGGUCUUCGGGGACGAUGUUGAUCCUCACGAGAUACUGGGACAUCAUCCGGAUGCUCAAGACGCACUGGAUGACACCUCCGGGAAGCAUAAAGAGGCGUGACGAGUCUUCAUUGCGAUAAUAUCGAAUGUAUCUCAGUCACGGUGGUGCAUCUCUUCGGGUCAUGUAUGUAGGAUUAAGAUGAUGCCUCACAACAAUGCUUUCAUGAGCACGAAAUUGUCGCCAUCAA